AGAGCUGUAUUAUGGUGCUGCAAGAUUGGUCCACUGUUUUGGAGCGCACUCCCCACUCUGCCGCCAUCUAGUGGACAUACGUGUCACAGGCACCAACAAAGUAUCAGGGCUAGACGCAGCUGUGUGGCGAAAAGAGACAAUCAAAACAACGCAGCCACCGUCUCCAUCCUUUGGAUCAGCAUUUCCUGCUAAAAAAAAAAAAGAAUAAGACGAGUAAAAAGAAGAAGAAUGAUCUCUUGAACGGGACCCGGUGACUUUUACAUUCGAAUGUAUUGAAUGGUCGCCGCCUGACAGGAGCAUCAUCCGGCCGUCCCGUGGAUUUAUCAAGCCGGCAGACGCAUGGAAGGAACAUGGCUGCAAUGAGGACUUUAACCGCGGCGGGUCUCGUCUUGGCCUUUUGCGCCCUGGGCCUGAUCGCGGUGGCCAUCGGCACCGACAACUGGUACGAGACGGACGCCAGGAGGCACCGAGAGCGCUGCAAGAAUUAUUCCAACAAGAGGACCGACCCGGGCUACAUCUACAUCUCCAACAACAACCUCCCGCUCCGGAUGCUGCCUAAGUGGCGCGCCGAGGGGAGGCUGCGGGCUCGGCGGCACCUCUCGCCUCCAGCCUCGGCCAUGGAGUCGCUGUGCAGUCGGCAUUUCAACUCCACGGUGACCGGGCUGUGGAGGAAGUGUCACCGUGCGGGCUUCGAUUUGGAGACGGAGGAUUUAAUCUUUAAAGGAUUGAUUGCACGUUGCACACCAAUAAAAUACUACUACUCUUCAUCGGCGUUGCCCAGGAACCUGCCAAUCAACCUGACCAAGACCAUAAGGCAGGAUGAGUGGCACGCUCUCCACCUACAGAGGAUGACCGUCAGUUUCAUUGGCAUGGCAAUAUCCAUCAUCCUGUUCGGGUGGAUGGUCGGCGUGCUGGGGUGUUGGAAGGCACAUGACCUCAUGCAGUACGUUGCUGGACUGCUCUUCCUCAUGGGAGGCACCUGCUGCAUCAUCUCUCUCUGCACGUGUGUGGCAGGAAUCAACUUUGAACUGUCACGCUACCCUCGCUACAUGUUUGGGAUACCAGAAGACAUCAGCCAUGGCUAUGGCUGGUCCAUGUUUUGCGCGUGGGGAGGACUGGGACUGACGCUGCUGGCCGGGUUCCUGUGCACCCUGGCUCCCUCCCUCUAUCCGCCGCCGCCGCACACCCCUGUGGCCCACAAGCCCCGGCAGGAGAAUGGCUGCGUGUGACGGGCCGAACACUAACCCCACAGACAAUGUCAGUGGCCUGCAAUGAGCACAGUUCUGCUGCAGGCCACGAAGAAAGCACAAGAACUUGAAGAAGGGGAACGUUGUUAUUUGACUGGUGCUUUAAUGCCACACCUUCUCCACCAUUGAACUGUUAUUGCUUGCUCUCUCAGAGGACACAAUUCCAAGACAUUUGUAAACACAUUCCUCCUCUACCAUCUGAAUAUAGAAUGGAUUAACGCCACCACUUUGAAACCUGUAUUAUACAUAAAAAAAAAAAAACAUGUGGAUGUGUACUGUCACAUUUUAAAAGGGCAACUGUCUACCGUUACUCAGUGUGUGCUUUUUGAAAAAAAUUAUGCAGGUGCAUUUGUGUUGAUUGAAGAGAAAAUGUGGAAAGUCACGUCCAAACUGUUUCCGAAUUAAAUGUUUGUUUGUCGUCAACCCCUAUUUUUGAAGAAAUAAAACAGCCAUGCAAAAUG